AUGCCUCUGGGGAUGAAUAAGCAUGGAUCUCGCUCUACUACCUCUUUGCCUCCGGACCCCACGGAGAUCGUCAGGAGCAAGGCCUGCUCCCGCAGGGUCAAGCUCAACGUGGGGGGGUUGGCCCACGAGGUUCUCUGGCGGACCUUGGACAGGUUGCCGCGGACCAGGCUGGGUAAGCUCAGAGACUGCAACACGCACGACUCCCUCAUGGAGAUCUGCGAUGACUACAACCUGGAGGAGAACGAGUACUUCUUCGACAGGCAUCCCGGGGCAUUCACCUCAAUCUUGAACUUCUACCGUACUGGCAAGCUGCACAUGAUGGAGGAGAUGUGCGCCUUGUCCUUCAGCCAGGAGCUGGACUACUGGGGGGUGGACGAGAUCUACCUGGAGUCCUGCUGCCAGGCCCGCUACCACCAGAAGAAGGAACAGAUGAAUGAGGAGCUGAAGAGAGAAGCUGAGACACUGAGGGAAAGGGAAGGGGAGGAAUUUGAUAACACUUGCUGCGCUGACAAAAGGAAAAAGCUCUGGGACCUCCUGGAGAAGCCCAACUCCUCCGUAGCGGCCAAGAUUUUGGCAAUCAUUUCCAUCAUGUUUAUUGUACUAUCUACAAUUGCCUUGUCCCUUAACACACUUCCUGAACUACAAGGCGUGGAUGAAUUUGGGCAGACAACAGAUAAUCCCCAACUUGCCCAUGUGGAAGCAGUGUGCAUUGCAUGGUUUACAAUGGAAUACCUCUUGCGGUUCCUAUCCUCGCCUAAGAAAUGGAAGUUUUUCAAAGGCCCACUGAAUGCUAUUGAUUUGCUAGCUAUUUUACCAUACUAUGUCACUAUCUUCCUCACAGAAUCCAAUAAAAGUGUACUUCAGUUCCAAAAUGUACGACGAGUGGUCCAAAUAUUUCGGAUUAUGAGGAUACUCCGGAUUCUAAAGCUUGCCCGGCACUCAACAGGUUUACAGUCCUUGGGGUUUACACUGAGGAGGAGUUACAAUGAGCUUGGCUUACUCAUCUUGUUUUUGGCCAUGGGCAUUAUGAUCUUUUCCAGUUUAGUAUUUUUUGCAGAAAAGGAUGAGGACGAUACAAAAUUCAAGAGCAUCCCAGCUUCUUUCUGGUGGGCAACAAUCACCAUGACAACAGUAGGCUAUGGAGACAUCUACCCCAAAACACUUUUAGGUAAAAUAGUAGGAGGACUGUGCUGCAUUGCUGGAGUGCUGGUGAUUGCUCUUCCUAUCCCAAUUAUUGUCAAUAACUUCUCUGAGUUCUACAAAGAGCAGAAGAGGCAGGAGAAAGCCAUUAAGCGCAGAGAAGCUCUUGAAAGAGCAAAAAGGAAUGGUAGUAUUGUCUCCAUGAACAUGAAGGAUGCAUUUGCCCGUAGUAUAGAACUCAUGGACAUUGUGGUUGAAAAGAAUGGAGAAAGCAUAGCCAAAAAGGAUAAAGUUCAGGACAAUCAUUUAUCUCCCAGCAAAUGGAAAUGGACCAAGAGAACACUCUCUGAAACUAGCUCUAGUAAAUCUUUCGAAACCAAGGAACAAGGAUCUCCAGAAAAAGCCAGGUCGUCUUCAAGUCCCCAGCACCUGAAUGUCCAACAGCUAGAGGACAUGUAUAACAAAAUGGCAAAGACUCAGUCACAGCCAAACCUUAACACUAAAGAGUCGAGUCAGCCUGGAAAGCAAAAGGAAGAGCUAGAAAUGGAGACCCUUCCCGGCCCUAUGGUGCCCUUGCUGACAACUCGUGCCGAUGGGAUCAUUGACAUGAGGAGCAUGUCCAGCAUCGACAGCUUCAUAAGUUGUGCUGCCGAGUUCCCUGACUCUGGGAGAUUUUCCCACAGCCCACUCGCUACCCUUCCCUGCAAAGGUGGCAUUAAUGUGAUUCAGGAGCAGAGCAGAGGGGAGGGGAGUGGUGCCCGAUUUGUGGAAAUAAACCCAAGCUCUGAAGGCAGCCACCGUUCUGCUUUUUUCAUAGAAAGUCCCAAAAGCUCCAUAAAGGCCAGUAACCCUUUAAAACUAAGAUCUCUGAAAGUCAACUUCAUGGAAGAGGACACCAGCACAUUAGUACCAGCAUCAAAUGUCCUGAGAAUAUAUCCAGACCCUCUCAAGGGCAGGGGAGCUGCUGCUGCUGCCACAGAUACUUCCUUACUCUCUGACAGAUCUCUCAUGAGCCCAGAAACCUCGAUCUACACAACUGCGAGUGCGAGAACACCCCCAAAGUCACCAGAGACACAGACAGCCAUAGCUUUCAACUUCCACGAUGCUGGUAUUCACAAAUACAUAGAUGCUGACACUGAUGAUGAAGGUCAGCUGCUUUACGAUUCGAGUCCUCCCGGAAAUGUGAGUCCUAAGUACAAUGUUACAAACAGUGGUUAUCUAAAGCAAAAGGACAAUGUUUAUAGAACAGAGAAGAACCAUUUAGAAGCUGCUGCUUUACCCACCUCCCCUAAGCUGAUAGGGCAAAACUGCAUUUACUCUAUGGAAGGUAUCACUGGAAGAACCCAGGGCCAUCAGGAGACUGUCAGACUAGAAAAUCACAUUUCUCCAGAAGUCCAUGUAUUACCAGGCAGUGGAGGACAUGCUAACACACAUGAUCAAAGCAUCUGAGACAGGCUCCAAAAGAACUUACUGAAAGUUUAAAGGAAUGUCUUUACAGUCAACACAAAAAAAAAGAGCUUCUGCAUGGCAUGAACUUGGCUGAAAUAAGCCACAUGUUUCUAAAAGUCUGAGGGGAGGUCCAGUGUGGGUUUGUGAAAAUGUCCUUCUCUGAAACAACUUUAAAGACAUUGCCCACAUCAGUCAAAAAUAAGGAUUGCAAAUCAUGAUCACACAUUGAUCUCCUUUCAUGUUGUCCAGUGAAGCCAAUGUGACCAAAUAUCCAUCCAUUCCCCUUGAACGCUAGAGCUCCUUUUGGAAAUACUAACACCUGAUUUGCAUUAGUUCCAUAAAGGAUGCCGAGGCAGCCAGAUUUGAACUCUGGAAUAAAUUGCUGGGGUUGGUAUAAAGCUAUCAAAAACACAAUGCUCUCUGCUUCAGGGCAGCUGUUCCCCAUCUACAGCUUUCUCUGAUGGAUAUUAUAUCUAAAGGUAACAGGGAACACUUGCAUUAUUGGAAAAUCCAAGUUAAAACCAUUUAAAA